AUGAGUAAAUUACAGUUUUUACCUGAAAUUACAUUACAACAAAAUGAAUUUUUAAAGACAUACCAUCUGCUUGAAGAAUACGAUAAUAAUCAACAAUCAUCAAUAUCAUCUUUUAAAAACAUUGACGAUCAACAAUCAUCAACAUCAUCUCCUAAAAACAUUGAUGAUCAACAACCAUUAUCAAUACCAAAUUUAACUAACACUGGUUCAUUUUCUUUAAUUGCAAGUAGUAAUGAAACUGUAAUUAUUCAAAAAAAAUCUGAUAAGUUUAACGUGCUUCCAGAAAGAGAACUUGAAACACUCCAGUUACAUUUAAAAUUAUUAGAUCGAGCAGUAUUGCAAAUAUGGGCUUUUGGAAGUUAUCGUGAUUAUAAUGCAACAUUGAGGUGUGAACUUAGAAAGUUGAUUCCUGAUUUUAUUAAAAAGUACAGAUUAACCAAGAUAAAGCAGCCAACGGUACAACAAGUUAGUGAAUAUAUCACAGAAAGCAAUUGGAUAGCUUUCUUUAAAAUGCCAUAUAGAUGCUUACAAGAUGCUAAUAAACCAACUUUAUUAUAUAAUAUAAAUGAUGAUAGUGAGAAAUUGCAAGAAGGUUUACUAUAUGAACAAACAAAUUAUGAAACUCCAAAUGAAAUUCAUAAUUCUGAGUCUGAUUCUGUAACCUCAGUAAGUAAUGAUAACGAGUUAAUUAUAAUCAAAGAAGUUGAACGACAGGCAAGAAGAGUAACAGAUUAUAUGCAAAAUAUAGUAGACAGUGAAACUAAUUUUCAACCAGUAACUGGAGAUUAUAGUUCUUAUUUUAAAAAUUUUAUAGAAAUGCUACUUUUUACGUGGAUUAUAAAACAUAUAAUUACUUCACUUCAGAGAAAACUUACAACCUUAACAAAAUUAUAUUCAAAGAGUCUAUCACUUGUACAAAUUGUAAACACAAUUAUUUCCUGUUGGAUAAUUGUUGCAAAGGCAUUCUGUUUAAGUUUUAGCUUUACUUUUACUGAGAAAAUGUAUAAAGAAUUAGAAGAGACGCUAAGAAUUAAAAAUAUUACUCUAUUAAAGGCUAAGAGUUUUGAAGUUUCAUCUGAAACUCAUUUCGAUAUAUCAUCAUUUACAAAAGAGUCAGAGAUAAACAUAGUCUUAAUAGAAAUACUAAAAAGGGUCUUAAAAAGUGAAAUACAGCAACUUGCUUUACCUGUACAACUUGAUAAUAACUCUCAAUUCACUCACGAUCUCAUAUAUGAUAAUGAUAGAUUUGAUUCACAUUUGGAUUUGCAUUCAAAUGAUGUAAUACAGAUUCAAGAGGAAAACAGUAUCUCAUAUGCUAUAUUAAAG